AUGAAGGUCUCUUCCCUCCUGUUUAGCGCCUCUGUGGCUUCGGCACAUACCAUCUUUGUCCAGCUCGGCGCUGGUGGCACGACGAAUCCAGUCAGCUAUGGCAUAAGGACUCCGACCUAUGACGGACCUAUCCAAGAUGUCACCUCAAACAGUCUUGCCUGUAACGGACCACCUAACGACCCAGCGUCGGCCAGUCAAGUCAUCACGGUGCAAGCUGGAUCCACAGUGAACGCCAUCUGGAGGCACACUUUGACCUCGGGGUCGGACGAUGUUAUGGACGCGUCGCACCUGGGACCUACCCUGGCAUAUAUGAAGAAGGUUGACAACGCUCUGACGGACACGGGUGUCGGUGGUGGAUGGUUCAAGAUCCAGCAAGACGGUUACAAUGCAGGUGCAUGGGGCACCUCAAAGGUGAUCAAUAACGGGGGUAUACACGCCAUCACUAUUCCUUCCUGUAUCGCCCCAGGGCAAUACUUGUUGCGCGCCGAGAUGAUAGCAUUGCAUUCUGCUGGCAGUUCUGGCGGGGCCCAGCUCUACAUGGAGUGUGCUCAAAUCAACGUUGUGGGAGGCACGGGGGCUUCCACGCCGGCAACUUACAGCAUCCCCGGAAUUUAUAAGGCGGAUGACCCUGGGCUGCUGAUCAACAUUUAUUCCAUGACCUCUUCAUCAACCUACACGAUUCCCGGCCCCAACCCCUUCACAUGUGGUGCCUCGGGUGGCGGAAGCCCCCAGACAUCAACCACAUCAAAGGCAACCACCUCGUCCACCACGCUCGCCACGUCUACAAAGACCUCAUCUGCCGCAUCGACGACCACCAGCGCCGCCUCAGGCGGCUCCUGUGCUGCCAAGUACGGGCAGUGUGGCGGGACUGGUUGGACCGGCGCUACUUGCUGCGCGUCAGGAAGCACCUGCUCCGUUUCAAAUCAGUACUACUCUCAGUGCCUCUGA